GACAAAGCACGGGAGAGAUCCAUGGUUCAUUAGUAAGAAACCGAUCUGAACUGACAAGACGCGUUUUGGGGUGACAUAGAGGAGUUCUUGUGAGAAGUCUGAAGUUAAGCGUGCUCAGUGUGGACUACAAUAAGUAUGAGUGACCUUAUGGGAAGUCUGAAGUUAAGCGUGCUCAAUGUGGACUAUAGCAGUAUACUAACACUUAGAGCUUGUUUACUUGAUAAAUUUAAUAAUUGAUUUGGGUUCACGAUGGAUUGCAUAGUAAGAGGUCCGCAAACCGACCGACAAUCCCACGGGAGCGCCGAUCUACUAAUUUACCAAGCUGAAAGAAGUAACGGACCAAAACGUCCGUCUCCGUCAGUUGUUAGUGCUACACGCAAAUGGCCCUUUCUGUCUGUCGUAUCCGUCCGCAGCUUUUCGUCCUGACAGUCGUUCUCAACUUCCGCCGGCUUCUCAACCUGCGGCGCUGAUUUCAUCCCAGGUAUGUGUUUUCCCGUCUCUAUUUUUCGAUGGGUUGUUUCAAAUAUGACAAACGAAGGAUUUUCUGGUAUUUCCUUACUUCUCUACCGAAACUAUAAGCGACCUAUGUAUUUAUCGUUCCCCCUCGUUUGCUUUUUUUAGCUUUUCCAAAAUGGUUUUGGAUGCCGGGGAACUCAUCUGCUCAAGGCGGCCGAUGGAUGCAGCGGUUGUACGAUAGUAUCAUUACUUGGAAACCAAUCCAUUCCUAGUAAUAGCGGGUUGAAGAGUUACAGCAAACCCACAAGUUAUUGAAGUUGGCAAUCGUGGGUUCGCGUCCCUUAUUUGACAGUUGCUGGUGGAUGUCAGGUUUCCUUGUAUGGCUAUGGGGAGUUGGCUGCUGAAUGCUAAUUCUGGGUUCAAGUAUUCAAGCCUAGAGAAUGGCUGUUAACUGCAGUAGAAAUCAAAGCAUUUAUUUGCUAUCAAUGCAUUUUGACCUGAUUCUUGGUUGGCUUCUUGUCUAUUUUCAGCACAAAGAACAUCAAUAAUGAGGACAAAAAGAGUAGCCCGUAAAAAAGGUUCUCUGAAACGUCCUCGGUUGCAUCCUCGUGUUGCGUACCAGACAUCCUUUAAAUUGAGGAAAGUUGACUCCAUUGAGCAAAGGGUUGGCCCUGUGGCUUCUGUAAUGGAUGAAAAUGCAUCUGCCGUGAUUGAUGGUGCAAUGCUGAAGAGUUUGUCAGCACGGCGGCCUUGGAUACUCCAUGACCUGGGUGCUGGUGAUCAUAUGCAAGUGGAGGCAAGCACGAAAGAAGAGGAUACGGAGCAUUCUUCAAAGACUUGCCUUCCAAAAGGCGUUGCUAGGGGGUGUCCAGAUUGUAGAGAUUGCGUGAAGGUGAUGGCAAGGUGGCAGCCAGAAAAAGGAAAGAAACAUCUCCUUGAAGAAGCUCCUGUUUUCCGCCCCAAUGAGGAGGAAUUCAAGGAUGCACUAAAGUAUAUCAAAAGUAUAUGUCCAAUAGCUGAACCCUAUGGUAUCUGUCGCAUUAUCCCUCCUACUUCGUGGCAUCCUCCUAGCCUAAUUACUGAAAAGAGUAUGUGGGAAGAUUCAACAUUUGAAUCGCAAGUUCAGCGGAUAGAUGGACUGCAGGACCAAAAUUUAGGCGAGUUUUCUGUGUGUUCUGACAUGGAAGGUGUCAAACUGGAACCUGGUCCGAGACUUACUCCUAAAAUUUUCAAGAUAUAUGCCGAUGAUUUUGUGUCUCAGUACUUCUCCGUCGAUGGCAUAUUGGAUUCAGAAGCAGAUUCCAAUGGGUGUGUCAAGCAGAGGGAACCAUCUGUGGGGGAUAUUGAGGGUGAGUAUGGAAGAAUUAUUGAUAAUCCUACAGAAGAGAUUGAGGUGAUUUGUGGUGAUAAUUUGGAUAGUCGGGUUUUUGGCAGUGGAUUUCCCGUCUAUAAAUCUUUAGAAACUUGUACCAGUCAGGAGUACUUGAACUCGGGCUGGAACUUAAACAAGACAGCUGUGCUUCCAGAUUCACUUCUGUCAUUUGAGAUCUUUAGUACUUCCGGGCUCUUACGACCUCGACUUAGAUUAGGAAUGUGCUUCUCAUCUUGUCCUUGGAAACUUGCAGUGCACCAUUUGUACUGUCUCUCCUACAUGCAUAUUGGUUCCCCCAGAAUUUGGUAUGCUAUCCCUGGAAAUCAUGGUUCGAAGUUUGAAGUUGCUAUGAAGAAUUACCUUCCCGAAUCGACAGUGGAACAAUCAAAGAUGCAACACUAUAGACAGCUAAUGAAACUGACGCCAACAACAUUGAAGUCAGCGGGAUUACCUGUGUAUCGAUGCAUUCAGUAUCCUGGAGAGUUUGUUCUUGUCCUGCCAAGAACACGUUAUUCAGGGUUCGACUGUGGCUUUAAUUGUUCUGAGAGUAUCCAUUUGGCUCCAGUUGAGUGGUUACCACAUGGGCAUAAUUCUGCUGAACUCUACAGUGAACAAGCAAGAAGGACUUUUAUUUCCCAGGAUAAGCUGUUGAUUGGUGCAGCUAGAGAAGCUGUGAGGGCGCAAUGGUUAGACUUACUGUCUGGGAAAGAUAUCUCAAUAAAUGCAAGAUGGAAAGAGGCUGCUGGGAAGGAAGGGAUUUUAGCAAAAGUGCUCAAGUUACGUAUUGAGAUGGAGGCCAAUAGAAGGAAAUACCUGUGCAACACUUCACAGUCAAAGAAGAUGGACAAGGACUUUGAUUCCACAAGUAAAAAGGAAUGUAUAGUAUGUUAUUAUGAUCUUCACCUCUCUGCAGCCACAUGUCCCUGCUCUGCUGACAGAUACUCGUGCCUAAACCAUGCGAAGCUGCUCUGCUCUUGUCCUUGGGGCCGAAGGAUCUUUCUGUACCGUUAUGAAAUUGACGAGUUAAGAAUUCUUAUUGAAGCCGUGGAUGGCAAACUGAGUGCCAUUUAUAAAUGGGCAAAGAAUGAUCUCCAGCUUUCGCAGCAGUCCAUUGUCUCUGAUAAGAAUAGCUCGCCAGGAAGGAGGCAGAUAGGCGAACCAGGGUGCAGCACUGGAGGAUCAGAAGGGAAAGGAAAAGAGAAGUUUUAUGAUGCAUCAAUACCCUAUGAAGGCUGGAACAGUACUGCCUCUGCGAUCAGGGAAGAACUGAAGGCACGAAUGCUCCAAUGGAAGUCCUUGAAGGAAAAGAGGCUGAAGGGCAAAAGCAGUCUGAAGCCUACUUCUUUAUUUUCUUAUGCUGAUGAUGCUUGUAACACACAUAUGCCUGAAGUUUCUUCUGAUAGCACCAGCGAAUCAAGCUCAUCUUAAUAAUAUACGGUAGCACAUUUUCGUUUCUCCUCCACGCCAAGCGAUGAUGUAUUCCUGGUUCAUGAUUGGAGUAUAAGAAUAACAGGAACAUCAGAUAUAUCAGAAGCCAGGUUGACCUAUACCCCAGAAAGUUUGUUCUGAUCAGCUGAGUAGGAAUGGUAGAUACAGAAACAUGUCUGCAAAUCAGUCAUAAUUUAGACCAAAUGGAUAAAAGAAACCGACCAAAUACUUAAUCUUACUGCUAUAUGAAUAGUGUCUUGGACAACCAGCUGCAGUUGUUAUGGAAUAUCAGU